GGGAAGUACGUCGUGCGGCUGCCAGUUUUCAAGAAAAUCCACAAGAAGACGGAAAAAUGAGUGAAACAGAAAUCAUCACAAUCCGCAAACCGGACGGAACCACCGAAACCAAGACAGUGGAGAAAAAGAAGCUUCAAUUCCAUAUGGCUAAUAAGGUGAAAAUCAUUCCAACAAACCGUCAAGGACAACUCAACACUGGUUACUUGGCAACACUUGCCGGAGUUUUGAAGAUUGCUGAAAUUGUUCUUUCUUUCAUCGCCUUCAUCCUUGCCAUCUGUGCUGAUCGUCGAACAACAACAGCCGCCUGGACUGAGCAUAUCUCAUUUGAAACUCUUCUUAUUGUUUCUGCACUUCUUCUUGGUUAUGUAGUCUUCCCACAUCUUACCAUCAAAGAUGAAGCCACGAGAGAGGGACUUAUUGUUGUGGAGCUGAUCUUCUAUGGAGUCAACACUCUUUUGUACUUCAUCUCAAUCUGGUUAAUGGUUCAUUUGUCUGCUAGCUGGGGAACGGAUGGAAGAGGAGCUGCUAUUAUGACUGCUGUGAUCUGCGUCGCCUUAACAGUAUUGUUUGCUAUUGAAACCGUCGUGAAGCUGAAGGCGUGGAGAGGAGAAAACGAGCCAACAACUGUGAUUGAAGCCGGAAAUGCUCAAGCUUAAAUAAAAGUUCUUUCAAACUGACCAAUUGUGAUGAUCCAUUCUUAGCCUCCAUUCAAUUUGACUAGUCCUCAAUCCAAAUAUUGAAUUGCCAACGUUUAUCAACCAAAAACCUUAUAUUUUCUUAUUCUCACUUCACUUAUAAUUUUUCAAGAGCCUUUCCAAUUUGUGUUGUAUUGUUUAACGCUCACAGGUAGAAUUAGCAUUUUUAUUGUUCUGAAACUUGACAUUUGUUUUUCAAUAUGAAAUUGCUUUCAUAAAUUUUUAAUAAAUUUAUUUGGCCGUU